AUGCAAAGAACAACUUGUUUCAUCCGUACCUAUUGUGCUCCGAGCACUCAAAGGGAAAUCAAAGGUCGCUUCCAAAACUUCAGAAAACCUAUCUACCAAGCUCCACAUGUGAAUCCGUUGGAAGAGUCGCCGGACUUUUCUUUCGUUGAUAGUAAUAAGACUGUGUCUGUGACUUCUCCUGCUCAAUUGAAGCAUAAGUUGGAUCAACUACGAUUAGGGAGAAAGAUUGUGUCCUUGUUAGAAAAUGUGAAAGUCAUGGAAGAUAUCCACAAUAUCACCAACCAGCGCAGAGUUUCCGAAAACCAAAAAGUGGAAGCAUCAAGGCCUGUGCAGAAAGGCAACGAGCAAAUUCAAUAG